AUAGUAUAAAAAGACAGAAAACUGAAAUAAUUAAAUGCAUUAUAAUUUGCAUAAAAGCACAAAAGACAAAGUGGAGUAAAAUAUGAAUGUUUAGCCAAUUUUGUACGCUUUUCUUUCAUUUAGAAAUAAUCCUAAGACAUGGAAGCAAAAUGUCUUCAAACCUUAAAACAUACUAGGCUCGUGCAUGAUCUUAAAAAAAAGGUACCCUCGCUUAGUAUAAAGCACGGUCUACAUACUAUAGAUGGAUUUUAGAGGCAUUCACUUUAGAGCCAUAUUGACGACAGUACUUAAAUUUGUUGAGUCCAAAUCGCUUUGUGAGCGAAACUGAUAAAAUGCUUCACAAGUAGGCCUAUUAAGGAUUGAUGCUGGCAGGUUAUGAAAACAUCAAAAGUCAUGUUUCAAGUUAAAUGCUUCAGCAGCGCCUCAGUCAACAUGUUGUAUGUACAGUCAUCCGCCGCGUGGGUUUAUCGCUUCUCUUUUCCUUUGAAUUAAGCUGAAUAUAGACGCAGCGAAACAAAAUGUGCGGUAAGUCCGCGGUUUACUUUUAGCGGGAACUAAAGUCGGCGCGAACAGAUAUGAAAAGUAGCAGACAUCCCACUCUGAACAAUUUUCCGGAAACUAUACAUUCUUGCGAAAUUCUUGUGGACGCGACUCAGAGUGAAUCAUGUUUGUUUAAAUAGACGAUCUUUGUCACGGACGACAACACGAUCUGCUUCCUGUGUGUUGCCAGGCGACACUAAACAAACUUUCUAAAAAUUCAGCUGCUUUGAAAAACGUUACUGGAAUUCCGGUGAAAAAAAUCCGCGCCUUGUUUAUACAAAAAUAUCAAUUACAAAAUCUUCAAGAGGAGCCAUUUCUAUUUUGCUUUGUACGUGCCAGAAUGAGUCAACGACAGAUUUUUCAAGCUUUGGAGGAGUACCAGAAAUCAAGAAUGCAGUUUGUGCAAACUGUUGCUGACCUGGCAAUCAGACCAAAAAAUAUAGAAAUCCUACACAAUGCAGGUGUAUUGCCUCUUCUGCAUCCGCUGUUGUCGGAUGUGGUUCCAGGGAUCCAGCAGAGAGCUGCUCUGGCUCUGGGCCACCUGGCAGAUAACAGUGGCGGUCUAGCUGAAGCUGUGGUGAAGGAGAACAUCCUGCCCCAGCUUGUCCAAUCUCUGGCCACACAGAAUAGGUUCUAUAAGAAGGCAGCAGCAUUUGUUCUGCGUGCAGUGGCUAAACACUCCGCUGAGCUGUCCCAGGCUGUAGUGGAAAGUGGGGGGGUGGACGCUCUGGUUCUCUGCCUGGAGGAGUUUGACCCCGGGGUGAAGGAGGCCGCCGCCUGGGCUCUUGGGUGCAUUGCACGACAUAAUGCAUCACUAUCUCAGUCGGUGGUGGAUGCAGGAGCUGCCCCCCUGCUGGUGUUGUGCCUCCUGGAGCCUGAAAUGGCCCUUAAGCGUAUUGCAGCCUCCACCCUCAGCGACAUCUCCAAACACACACCAGAGCUGGCCCAGACCGUGGUGGACACCGGCGCCAUCGCACACCUGGCACAGAUGAUCCUCAGCCAAGACGCCAAACUCAAGAGGCAGGUGUUUUCUGCCCUGAGCCAGAUCAGCAAGCACUCUGUCAGCCUGGCUGAGAUGGUGAUAGAGGCUGAGAUCUUCCCUGCUGCUCUGACCUGCCUCAAAGAUCCAGACGAGUAUGUCAGGAAAAAUGUUGCCACCUUGAUGAAGGAAGUGGUACAACACACACCAGAGCUGGCCCAGGUGAUUGUAAACUGCGGUGGCCUGGCACUUAUGAUUGACUACCUGGGUGACAGCCGUGGAAACUUGCAACUGCCGGGGAUCAUGAUGCUGGGAUAUGUGGCAGCCCACAGUGAAAACCUGGCCAUGGCUGUCAUCCUCUCUAAGGGGGUGCCCCAGCUGGCCUUGUGUCUGUCAGAGGAGUCUGAGCAACACAUCAAAGAGGCCAUAGUGUGGUCAAUUGGCCAGAUAGGGCGUCACAGUCCUGACCACGCUAAGGUAGUGGGUACAGUGAACCUUUUGCCCAAACUGCUACUGCUCUACAUGGAUGCCAGCAGCUCAGAAAACCUGCAAAAUAAAUGCAAGAAAGCUCUAAAGGGCAUCCUGCAGAAGUGCACUUACCUGCCGGUCCUGGAGCCGCUCCUCUACGAUGUUCCCAGCAACAUCCUAAAACACGUCGUCUGCCAGUUCAGCAAGGUGCUACCCCAUGACAGCAAGGCCCGCCGUAUGUUUGUCACCAGCGGCGGACUAAAAAAAGUACAAGAAAUCGAAGCUGAGCCCGGCUCUGCUCUUCAGGAGUACAUCAAUGCCGUCAACAGCUGCUUUCCUGAAGAGAUAGUCAGGUAUUAUUCUCCUGGAUACUCAGAGGUCCUGUUGGAGCGGUUAGAAAACUACAACCCACUUAACUCAACUUGACAUCACAUGUCCUUCAGUACAUGUCUUCAGCUUAACUUGGAGUUUAUAUUAUAAAUUUAAGUGACUAGAGAUUAAAUAAAGGGUAACAUCUGUACAAAGUAUCACAUUUAAAUAACAGUGUUUGUUCUUAACGUCUGGAGUAACUUAGUUUAAAACAGUUUUAGCCAGUGUGGCUUUUUUAGUGGAAACAUUUUAUGAUAACUAAAGGAAGGUCAAAGGUCAGGUUCAAUGACAGAGCAACAGGUGGUUGGGAACACAUGAUCAGACUGGAUGCUUGCCGACACGUGGAUUUGAGUAAUUUUUAUCACGCCAUUCAAAAACCCGAAUAAUCUUAUGAUUUGUGGAUUAAUUAAUUCGUUGAAACAUUUCUACUCUUUGAUAAUGACAUUCGAUGUAGAGAAGCAACGAAAAUAAAGUAAUAAAAGCUACCUGACGACAAAUACUCAUUGUCUGCAGCGGUUUCAGUGGUAAGCCUGCCCCCUGGCGGCUGAGACUGCGCACUGUGGCUCAGCUGCGGGCGUGUGCGUGCAGCAGCUGCAGCGCACAUGGCGAGAAGCUCUUUGUUUAUUGUCUGCUGGGGUAUCUGUGUUCUCCACAUUGUACUGAGGGUACA